UGACAUGUUUCCCUAGUUGCACACAUGGAGACAGGGACAUUAUCAAUAUUUACGUCUGACCAUAGAAACCGCUGGGGAUAAGGGUAUAAAUGGAACUGCACCUACCAGACAACAGCAACUAACUUAACUGUUUGGUUUACUGAGUGUCUUUUGAGUGGAACAAAAAUGAAGAGUGCCUGGAUUUCAGCUGCCUUUUUGGCUUUUGCCUGUUUCUUCCAGAAUGGAGAUGCAGCAAUUACUGCAUGGACAACGCCGACUAUUACUAGUGCGGCAGAUGGAACAGGAACGCUUUCUAUUGCAGAAGACCAAGCGACUGCUACGACAAUUGAAACAUAUGUCGCCACUACAGGCGCUACUUCUGUUACCUACUCAUUAGCAACAGCGGUUAGUCCGUUUUCCGUGGAUUCUGCUGGUGCACUGACAAUUACUGACGCACUUGACUUCGAGACAACAACAUCUUAUACAUUACUCAUUAAAGCUGUAGAUGAUGUCGCUGGUUCAGGGACAGCAACUAUCACGGUCACCGUCACUAACGUCAAUGAGGCACCAGCAUUUGCAGCAAGCUACAAUCCUUGUAUUGCUGACGGUUCCCUAGCAGAUACUACAUUGGUAACUGUAUCUGCAACAGACCCGGAUAGCGGUGAUUCGGUCACUUACGGUAUAUCAGGUACAGAUUUCAAAAUUGAUUCGACCUCAGGCCUCAUUCAGGUUAACACAGGAGUCACCCUUGUCAAGGCUACUACAUCAAGCUAUGCUCUUGUCGUAACUGCCACCGACAAUACCUUAACAACAACAUCAACAGUUUCUGUAACAGUCGCGAAUUCCUGCAGCAGUGCAGUGGGUGUUGCUGUCAGUUUGAUGGUACUUCUUGCUGCUCUGUUGGUUAACAUAUUUUGAAUGGCAGAGAAAACGUAAUAUGACGUGAAAUUCCAAUUUUGGAUAACACAGAAAUAAACUUUUAACAACAGCAUUCAUCACAUCUAUUAUAGGCUUUCUUUUUCGGAAAUGUAACCGCUUUUUGUCAUCGGAUAAGUAAAUACUAGUUAUAAAUUU